AUGGAAAACAGCGUCAACAAUGGCAAGAAGAGAAGAUUGUAUCCAUGUGACCAGGAGGAUACCACUAACAACGGCAGCAGCCUCGGCGGCGGCCAAGUAGACAGAUUAAGCUCUCUCCCAAACUUCCUUUUGGGCAACAUUCUCUCUCGCCUUCCCCUUUAUUUGGCUGCUACCACUUCCAUCUUAUCUCGUCGAUGGCGCGGUCUCUGGUCCCGAUUUGCCACUCGUCUCAUCCUCCGCUACUGUCAGUUCUCACGGGGAUUCUUUACUCCAUACUCUGGUGGUCGUCACAAAUUCCUAACCAUUGUUGAUCACAUUCUCCGGCAAAUUACCUCCCCUGAAAUCACCAACUUCCAACUUCAAUUGUACUGUGAUGAUGAUGAUAGGGAAUUCUGCUCUUCGCUUUUGCAGUCCUGGUUUCGACAGGUUUGCAGCCAAAAUGCCAAAAAAAUCGAGGUGAAAGUGGAAUUUGAUUCUAAUCUAUCUUUAAUCCCACUUCCCAUUUGCAUAUUUGAUUGUCAUUCUCUAAUCAAACUUGAGUUUCGUGGAAAUUUUCGUUUUAAUUUGCCUGUAAAUCGAAUUAUUACUCUUCCCAAUUUGAAGAAGCUUGAAAUUUAUCUUCCUAUUCUGAAUACUACAUUCAUAAGAACAAUCAUCACAUUGCUUAAAUCCUGCCCAAUUUUGGAAAAAUUAACUUUGAUAUUAAAUUGGCCAUAUGAUGAAUUUGUCAUGGACAUAUGUGCUCCUAAUUUGAAGUGCUUUAAGGCAAGUAUGUCUGGAACAUCGCGGCGUAGCAGGUUUAUGAUCGAUGCACCUAGGCUGAAAGACAUUGUAAUUGGCAGUAGUUUGGCCUGUUACAACUUUGUGAAUCAUCCAGGUAGAUUACAAAAGGUAAACAUCAGCUUUCGGCAUUCUACCAGUAAAGGCAAAAUCGAUUCUGUGAGUGUUUUAUCAGACUUUAUUCAAGGAAUUUCUAGCAUAAGCUCCCUUGAGUUGUAUGAUGAUCUUACUAUAUUCAACUGCUUUCGGUAUAUGAGUGCUAAAGUGAGGCCGGUUUUUCACAAUCUGACACGCCUCAUCUUGACAAAAUAUACAAAGGAGAUUGAGAAUGAGAGUGUUCUAAUACCGGUUUGUUUGUUGAGGAAGCUCAAGUAUAUUGAAAUUUCGGAACUUACAGGGGAUGAGAGUGAUGUAAGGUUCGUUAAGUACAUUUCGAACAAUGCAAAUGUGUUGGAGCAACUUCAUGUAAUGGUUGAUAACCUCGACAAUUUCGAAGAUGAUGAUGGAGAAAAGGAUCAACUAUGGAGGGAGUAUAUGUUCUGUAGAACAUUGUUUAAUCUUUCAAUGAGAUCAUCAGCUUGUGAGAUCGAGUUUGAAGGUCACUAUAUAAUCAAAGCAACGACUCCUAAUUUAGAUGUUGGACCUAGUAUAGUUAAUUAUUUUGGCCGCCAAUUGUCUGAAUGA